ACGGUCAAUUUGACUGUUCCGUAGAAGCGCUCAGGAAAAUUGUACUAAAUGGUUAAUUUGCGUAGAGUUUUGUAGCUUUACCAAAUCGACAUAGUGGCUAGCCAUUCUUUCAUGGCAUCUUUCCAAAUCACCUUAUUUGUUGUGAUAUCUACAGCGAUUCAGCAGGUCCAUCUAACAAGCUAGCUCAGGCUUAGCAUAACUAGCUAACUGAUGUUCAGUAGGAAACAUAGCUACACAGACAUAGCUAGGUGAACGUGCCGGGUGCUUGCUAACUUCUCUAAUUUCGUGCGUCCUUGCGAUUUAAUCUAAAUUGUUUCUCUGACGAACUGUUUUCUAGCCAACAAACAAUGCAUUUCUACAAGUCUAAUGUUUAUUCCAUGUAAUUGACAAGAAGAUAGCUAGCUAACUUUGCUGGCUAACACCGCCCGGCUAGCUUCAGCUUGCUCGUUUUUGGUAACGUUACUCUUUGUUUUGACAAAGGACCUGAUAUUUUUUUUCUUCCAUAUUUGGAAUAUACCUGGGACAUUUUUGUAUUUCCUGGGCCAUGUCUCCCCAGAAGCACGGUUCUUCUGACGGCGGCAACAACGUAUCGGGUCCCGUUGUGGGAUACGUUGGUACCGGUGGCGGCAGAGCGAACGGCCGUGUCUACCACCACCAAACAACUGCAGUUGUGGUGCCCGCAGCCAAGAAGCCGAAAAUGGAACUGGUUCAAGCCGAUCAUGAGUUGUUCUUGCAGGCAUUUGAAAAACCGACCCAGAUCUACAGGUUUCUCAGAACAAGGAACUUGAUAGCGCCCAUAUUUCUGCACAGAACCCUCACCUACAUGUCCCACAGAAACUCCAGAACAAACGACAAACGGAAGUCCUCCAGGGUGGAUCACCUGCUGUACAGAGUGGAGAAGAAGAGGGCUGAGCAGAAGACACACAGCCUGGCUUCACACCUGCAACUCACCUUCACUGGGUUCUUUCAUAAAGUCGAGAAGUCAUCAGUAGCCUCAGAGAAUGAGCAGAACUCUGUUUCUCUAGAGGUGCUGCUGGUUAAAGUCUGUCACAAGAAGAGGAAGGAUGUGAGCUGUCCAGUGAAGCAGGUUCCUACAGGGAAGAAGCAGGUGCCUCUGAACCCAGACAGCAGCACUUCCAGCAGUCAGCCCAAGCCAGGCUCCUGUCCUUCUCUGGUGGUGUCCAGUAGUGAGUUUGAUGCCAGCAACGGCCACACGGUCAAGUCCUACUCCCUGUUGUUCAGAGUGUCUGGACCAGGCAGGACGCAGCACAACGGACUGGUCAAUGGACAGACCAAUGAGAAUAUAGAGGAUGUGUGUAACAGGAAGAAGAGAAGCUCCACCGUCAGACAAGAAGAAGUGGGAGAAACAACGUUCGUAGCUCAGAUGACUGUGUUUGAUAAGAACAGGCGUCUGCAGUUGUUAGAUGGAGAGUAUGAGGUGUCUAUGCAGCAGAUGGUGGACUGUCCUGUCAACAAGAAGAGAGCCACCUGGGAAACCAACCUGGAUGGAAAGGUGCGUGUGUGUUGUCACCAGACCAGAGUUUGGACUUCGAUACCAGGUUUAGUAUCACGUUACUCAAUACCAAAACGAUACCAGCGAGGAGGAGGAGGAGGAGGGGAGUCAUCUUUCAGCAGCAGUCCUCGUCGCGUGGGGAGCAUUGGGAAUGUCAGCCUCAGUGGGACUGGGAGCCGGAGGAGCAGAGCUGGGAAUAAUGAAGGGAAUGGUGGGAAUUCUGAGAACACAAACAACGUUCCAGAAGAGGACGAGCCUCUGUUCUCGUCCACCCCGUCUCCGGAGGACAUCAACGGAACCCUGCCGGAAGAGUAG